AUGGCUCGCGAAGCCCUAGUGCCUAAUAUUACAGUGCCUGAUCCUACUGUGCCUGAUCCUACAGUGCCUAAUCCUACAUUGCCGGAUCCUACCGUGCCUAAUCCUACAUUGCCGGAUCCUACCGUGCCUAAUCCUACAGUGCCUAAUCCUACAGUGCCUGAUCCUACAGUGCCUAAUCCUACAGUGCCUAAUCCUACAGUGCCUGAUCAUACAGUGCCUAAUCCUACAGUGCCUAAUAUUACAGUGCCUAAUCCUACAGUGCCUAAUCCUACAGUGCCUAAUCCUACAGUGCCUGAUCCUACAGUGCCUAAUCCUACAGUACCUGAUAUUACAGUGCCUAAUCCUACAGUGCCUAAUCCUACAGUAUUUGGUGCAGAGAUGAGGGACCUAUCAACCUCUGAAGGGUUAUUAAGACCACCUCAAUAG